AAUCUUUUUCUCCUGCACUAGUAAAACAGAGUAUGUAAGAACCUACGAGUUACAAUCUCGACCUGCCCGAUAUGAAUUGACAGAAGAAAACGUUAAAAUGGAUCAAAACCAGAGAUCACUAGCAGCAUCAUCGGCUACUCCUCGGGCCUACCAGUUCCACCCGGCCCGAGCCGCUAUUCUCGAUCUCUUCAAUCUCUACUUAGGAAGAAGUAGCCGCCAGAAGCACGACGAUUCCUUGCGUGAACCUCCAAACAAAACACAGAAGCGUGUGCUUGCUCUCAACAGAGAGCUCCCUCCUCGAAAUGAACAGUUCCUUUUAGAUUUUGAGCAGCUACAAAACCAGUUUCCCGACCAGGAUCAAGUGCGUGCUGUGACAGAAUCUGUUCUCAUUUCCCUAGUUGUGCAGUGCUGUAGUCAUGUACCACGAGCAGAAUUUCUUCUCUUUGCUUUACGGAGCUUGUGUACUAUUGGUUACAUUAACUGGGAUACUUUUUUGCCAUCCCUUCUUUCUUCUGUGUCAUCAGCAGAAAUGUCAAUGGGUCAGGGCAGUCAAGCAAUGCCUGCAGUUUCAUCCACAAGUUUAUCACAGUCUGGGAUGUUGCAUACUUUAAGCACAAUUCCCAAUUCUUCUAAUUAUCAAUCUUCUAAUCCUGCAUCUCCAUUGCCUUCAGUUCAUGGUAUUGGGUCCCCUGCCCAGUCAGCAAUAGAACCAUCAACUUGUGCACCUAUGUCUCCAGUAAAAUCUUCUGAUGCAUCCUACAGUGGACAGCAGUUUACAACAAGGGCAAAUCCUUCUAUAAGGGAUAAUACUAUAAGCUGUUUGCGUCAGCUAUGUUGCAAGAUUAUUCUAGCUGGUCUUGAGUUCAACUUGAAACCAGUUACUCAUGCAGAGAUUUUUUAUCAUAUGCUAAAUUGGCUGGUCAAUUGGGAUCAAAGACAGCAGGGGAUUGAUGAAUCUGAUGUAAAAUCCUGGAGACCAGACAAGGCUCUCAUUGAAUGGUUACAUAGUUGUUUGGAUGUAAUUUGGCUAUUGGUUGAGGAGGAUAGAUGCCGAGUGCCUUUUUAUGAAUUAUUGCGUAGUGGCUUGCAGUUUAUAGACAAUAUUCCUGAUGAUGAAGCCUUAUUUACACUUAUCUUAGAGAUUCAUAGGAGGCGAGAUAUGAUGGCUACACACAUGCAGAUGUUAGAUCAGCACCUUCAUUGCCCGACAUUUGGGACUCAUCGGAUUCUCUCUCAGACCACUCCUAAUAUAUCAGUUGAAGUGGUGGCUAAUUUGCGCUAUUCACCAAUCACAUAUCCAAGUGUUCUAGGAGAACCAUUACAUGGAGAGGAACUUGCGAACUCUAUUCAGAGGGGAAGUUUGGACUGGGAGAGAGCUAUGCGUUGUAUAAGGCAUGCUAUUCGCACUACUCCAUCACCUGACUGGUGGAAGCGUGUGCUUCUUGUGGCUCCUUUCUAUAGAAAUCCUGCACAAGGGCCUACUCCUGGUGCUGUUUUUACUUCUGAGAUGAUUUGUGAGGCAGUAAUUGAUAGGAUUGCUGAACUAUUGAAGUUAACCAAUUCAGAAAUAAAUUGCUGGCAGGAAUGGCUUGUCUUCUCAGAUAUAUUCUUUUUUCUCAUGAAAAGUGGGUGCAUUGAUUUUGUUGAUUUUGUUGACAAGCUAGUUUCACGCCUUACAGAAGGCGAUAACCACAUUCUUCGAACAAACCAUGUUACUUGGCUGCUUGCACAGAUUAUUAGGGUGGAGCUUGUGAUGAAUGCUUUGAAUCAAGAUGCUAGAAAGGUGGAGACAACCAGAAAGAUUCUGUCAUUUCAUAGAGAAGAUAGAUGCUCUGAUCCUAAUAACCCCCAAAGUAUCUUGCUUGAUUUUAUAAGUAGUUGUCAAAACCUACGUAUUUGGUCAUUGAACACAUCAACCCGAGAAUAUUUGAACAAUGAGCAACUGCAGAAAGGAAAGCAAAUAGAUGAAUGGUGGAGGCAAGUGAGCAAAGCCACCAUGAUUAUAGUUUUGCUUGGUGUUGCAAUCCCAGCUGAAGGCUUUCCUUGGAAAUCUGUUAUAAUAAAUCUUUCUGUUGCUUGA